AAUUUUGAAGUUGUCUCUUUUGACAAUAUACCUACCUACAUGCCUAAUUAGUUAGCAAUUUAGCUACAUUUUAUAUGAAUAUCACCAUAAAUCAAGAAAUAAUUUGAAUAAUUAUAAACAAAUGGAUCAAGAACAAAACAAAUUUUCUUUACUAUCCAAAGUGUUAAAAUUUGGUAUUUUUGAACAUAUUUAUGCAAAAAGUAAUCCUUGUUCCGAAGCGAAUUCACCAAGAAAAGUAUCACAAAGUCCACCGAUUGAUAAAUGUGCCGGAGGAGACGCACCGCCUCAAAGGAAAUGCACUUGCAGUGUAUCUGAGGAUGCAAAAAGUACCGCAGGAAAUCGAGGUAAAACAGGAGCGGGAGUAACUGGAUCUAGGACAGGACACGCUAGCGAGAAAGAUUCUGAUAACCUACCUAGUGGAGCGGUUAGUCCUGGUCUACUUCGGCACAUUCAUAAUGCAGCCAGAUACAGACUACCGCAGUGUUUCGAAGGAGCAUGCGUUUCCGUUAAUCAAAACUCGAACACCAAUUGGGUGUUGGGUCACUCACUAUCGUUCAGCUCGGUUUCGCCUGGUGGCUAUAAAGUGCUAUUGUCAUACAUCGACAAAAGCAAACCUUCAGCCCUUCCGUAUUUUGUGAUGGAAGCAGCUCCUGGAGGUCAGAUGAGCUGUGAAGUGCGUGUGGGGCCCACACAGGGCACACGUGCUACAGUUGUGGCUCAAAUAGCGAAUGCAGAGUUGUACAGCUUCGAAAGCAUCUUAGAUGGCUACUUCAAUAAUUUUACGACAUCAAUCAUUGCUGUUAAUCGGGACUUUAUUGCUCUUCAUUAUUUACAAGCAGUCACUGAGCAAAUAUCCCUGGGGGCUGAGGUGGUAGCGCGGGGCCAUUCAGCCGAGCUGAGCUCCGUGUCGGCUGCUGGUCGGUGGUUUAGUGAGAGCCAUUCUGUCAGUGCUACUCUCGGCAACAGAGGUCUAGAUCUGUGUUACGCAAGAGCCAUUAAGCCUUACCUAACAGUUGCUGCGAUGUUAGAAGUCGGAUUUGCAAUUCGACGUGCAGUAGCUACUUUGGCCUACGAAUGGCGAGCAGAAGAAUGGACAGUUCGAGGUUCUGCUGAUACCGACGGACUAGUCGGAGCCACAUUGCAGAGAGCGCUCGGAGGCAAGAAAGCUCAGCUUGCUUGCGCUAUUUCAGCACUCUUGAAUCAUCCUAAUGAUAAAUUUCGGCUCGGCUUUGGUGUUACGGCCGCAAUUAUUUGAUAAAAUUCAUUACAAAAAAAAAUCAGCAUGAUUAUAUAGCAAAUCUCGAUGAAUUUUUGAUAUUUUUUAAAGUAAUUUUAGUCUAUUUUAGUCUAUUGUAGCAUUUACCAUUAAUUAUUACUAUUUUAGUCAACUUUUAAUUUGUACUCUUAUUGAUGGAUACAGUUACUUUACAAUUGUUGUUGUGCAUAAUAAAUGUUAUUAAUAUACGACAUCAGCUACGACUAUUGUUGAAUUUAAUAAAUGGAUUUUUACCUGGUUGAUUGAAGUGUUGAGUUGAGAUUUACCCUCACGGGGUUUCUGAUAGCUAUAACAGCGACACGGUAAAGGCUCACAAAAUAUUCAAAACUAAAGGCCCUUAAGGUUCACAGAUACCAGCAAGUAACAUUAAGUAUUCAUUUUCAAUAUAACGAUAAUGUAGGCGUGUAUUAUCCGCCGUCGGAUACAUCAGUGGCGUGCAGGCUCACGGACGUGGGGCGGGCGCCUGCGCGACUUCUGGGCGGGGACUGUAACGCCGCCUUCAAUAAACAUAACACACUUUACGACGCAACCCGAGCCCUAUACAGUUAUCAAAAGGUAGAUUUUACUCUUAUAGACGAGAGGCUAUAAGGGUGUGGGCGUGUGGAGAGCACUCACUGCAGUGUGCAUUCUGUAGAGCGUGUCGGACGAUGGCCGCGCGCGGUGACACGUGCUCCCGGCAGUAAUGGUGAUGGAGCGGCUGGCGGACUUCGUCAGCAAGUCGCUGGAGGGUGGCGAAGUGCCAGCGCCACCAUCCGAGCCUGGCGAUUCUGAAGACGCCGACGAUGUCGAAGUUGAUAUCACAGACCUUGAAGACAAACCGCCCCCAGCGAAAAGACCUCGGAAUUGGCUUCUGUCGCCGGUUCCUGUGCAGUCUUAUAAGAGGGAAAGUAACGACGACGAUGAUGAUCAUAAGCACGAUAUAACUGACAAGUCUUCGAACGGUAACGGUAACAACAGCGGUAAACAGCGUCGGUCCCGAACGAAUUUCACUUUGGAACAACUAGGCGAACUGGAGAGACUGUUUGAUGAGACGCACUACCCUGACGCCUUCAUGAGGGAGGAGCUCAGUCAAAGACUCGGCCUCAGUGAGGCGAGGGUUCAGGUUUGGUUUCAAAAUCGUCGAGCAAAAUGUCGGAAGCAUGAAAGUCAAAUGCAUAAAGGGCUCCUAAUUAGCGGUGGUGGUACUCCUUUGGAGCCGUGUCGUGUGGCACCUUACGUAUCUGUGCCAAGAUUAUCAGCCGUAGCUCGUCCGCCCCCACCGCCACCUUCGCUACCACCUUUGGCACCACAUCCUCCGCCUUCUGCGGCUUUUGCGCCAUUUGACUCGGCGUUACUCUCGGCUGCAGCUCACCAGUACGCAAGCGCAGCAGCUGCGGCAGCCGCGGCUCUGUGUCCUCCGUACGCGAGUCUGGCGGCGCUGGCUGCGCGGUGCCGGUCCUCCUCCAUAGCAGACCUGCGGCUUAAAGCUCGAAGACACGCAGCGGCGCUCGCAGCCGCUAGUGCGCCCUCGCCGCCUCAAGUCGCGCCCGCUCCUGUCUCGACCCCUACAGAUACAUAACCCAGCUAACCAUUAAAUACAAAAUUACUUUUAUGUUUGAUUUAAGGCUUCGUCAAACAGAACGCGUACUUAGCGCGCAACAGAACGCUAAACUGACGGCGCGCGAUGACGCCGAGAUGUGUUGUACUACUAUGGUAAUAUACUGUCAAACAGAGCACUAGCGCUAUAAGCGCAACGCUCUGUAAAUUUUAUUUUAGCCUCCGAGUGAAUAUGUAUUAAAAUACUGGAUAAUGUCCGAAAACAUUAUAGAAUUAGUUAGAAAAUACCCAUACUUAUACAAUGCCACAUCUGAAUCACUCGACAUCUUUUAAAUUUUCACGCUGCUAAUGCGAAUGUUACGUUGCGUCAAGGAGCGUUGUGCUCAUCUAGUCAAUUGGUGUGACAUGAAAAGAGCGCGACGUUAAGACGCAGCGCUAAGUACGCGUUCUGUUUGGCGAAGCUUUUAAUUGUAGCUAUAAUAAAUUAAAGGUGGCCGUAAAAAUUUUUAAAAUUGAAACUCACGUAUUUAUUUUAAACAUAUUUCAAGGAAAUUAAUAUUUAUAUUGGAUGUAAGAGAACUGCGUGAAAACUAAGACCGGUGGUAGUACUAGUAAAUCUGGUUUGAUAAAGUUAUAAAAUCGCAAUCGGAUAAUUACAAAAAUUUUGUGCCCUGCACGCAAUCUAACAAGGUCGGCAUACGUUAUUUCCUUUUCGCGGUUGUCUGAGUUGUCUUACACCCUGUAUGGAUAUGUAGACUAUAUUAGGUCUUUACCUAAGAAAUUGCCGUUUAGUAUACAGAUAUUUAUUUAUAUAUGUUUUUUAUAUAAAUUAAAAUAUGUAUCCAUGUCAGCGCAGUGCCCUUGAAGAAGUCAGGUGUACAGUAAGCCAACAAACUCUUCAAAGAGAUUUUGUACUGCCUCUCAGUUUUGAUUUUUAUCUCCGAAAAAAAAAUUAUUUUUUCCUUUUCGAAAACUUGUCCAAACUUUGGAAACAGUCGGCGCAAAGUCUGCUGAAUACGGUAUGACGCAAAAUUUCGAAAUCUAGCUCUUGUAGCUUAGAGAGCGUCUGUUGUGCCGUAUGAGGUUCAACGUUAUCGCCUAGGAGCAGCGGGGAUGACCAUAAUUGUGUCCAGUUCUUCAUAGUAGACAUCCGCAGUAAUUUUGAUGCCAUUCGGUAAGAAACUGUGAUUAAUUAUAUUGGCACUAGACAGCUAAGCAGUCUUUUUAGGAGUAUUUCUGGUCUUUUUGGUUCGGGCAUUACCUAGGUGUUGAAUCAGGGUCUAACGAAAGUGGUGACCGCUUGCGAUUAUCAAAAAGAAUCCUUUUAUUAGCUAUUUGCUGGCAGCCUAAGAGGCGGCUCUGCUACCGCGACGGAGCUCAUAUUCUAUAAUUAACGUGCAUUUUUAUUGUGUCCCUACUGAUGAAAAAGAUGCAAAUGCAGUGAAAAUAAAACACUAAACAAAAAAUAAAUGACUGAAUUUUAAAAUAAAAUUAAUGUGAAAUUGAACAUUUAUUACCAGUUUUAGACAAAAUUACGUUUUAAAGAGUCAGUAUUGUAAAACGGCAACUUCAUAAGUAAAGACCUAUUAUUAUUACAUACCAUAUUAUUAUAAUUAUAAAGUUGGUAUAGUGAUUGGCCCCUAAACAACAUUCAAGGUAUCAUUGGUAGUUUUUGAAAUCAAAAUCAAUAGUUUAGUAUUGGCUAUGAGCAGACCACCGAUUCUAAUCUAACCGCUAUAUUGUCUAAUAAAAUCUUGAAAAAUGAAAAUCGUAGUGAUUGAUGGUCUUUAAAAUUGGUAUGUAAAUAAAAGAUGAGGUCCUAUUGAAUAUCUAUGAAAAAAAUCGAUUAAAUGCAAUAUGAAACAUAUGACCAAAGUAUGAAUGCGGACUGUGAAUAAUUUGUAAAUUAUCAAACUGUGAUAAGUGUACGAGUAUCAGUAGAAGAAUUGAUCUCAUCAUUAUUUAUUGUAGCUUUAAGGUAUGUUAUGAUUAAAUUAAAAUAAACAAAAAUUAAAUUCCAAUAAUUGAUGUCCUUAAAGUUUUCUCAAUCCAUAGUUGCCAAACAUGACUAUGUACCUACAUUAAUGAUUAAAUAAUUUUGUAAUUAAGAAAUGUAUAAAAUCGCAUUGCAUUUGCAUUAAAAUACAUUUAAGAUUCUCAAACAAUCAGAUAAUUUAAAAGUACUUUAGUUUCCAAUGUAUGACAUAAUUUACUAAGCAUUAAAAUAUUUCAGAUUUUUUAUCUUCAUUAAAAUAAAAUGUACAUAAACAAACGUGUAAGUAUAGGAAAAUAAUUUUAAGAAUUUUAAGAAUACCUAUUAAAACUUUGUUCAUAGUUACUGUGUAUUUAAUAAAAUUGUACUAGAAAGUU